UGCGAGAUGUAGACCCGAUUCUCUUUACUGUGGUAGCCAAUACAUAGUCUCCUUUUUAUAUAUAACAGCCGAUGAAAUAUUUUUUUUAAUUUGGUUGUUUUCUAAAUUUGUUAAACAGCAUUCUUCAUAAGCAUAGCUCUAUUAAUCGACAAAAUAUAGUUCUAAAAUUAUGCGAGGAACACUCUUGAACCACGCUGUUGUUUGGCUCCAGUCAUCCUGUCGCCGGACAGAGAAAUAGAAUUUGACAGUGAAGUUUUUGGGAACGUCGCUAUACAAAAUUGGAUACGGUUCAUCCCCAGCGUGUUCUCUCGCAAUCCUGGGCGUAUAUUUCCGUAAAGAGCUAGACUGUGCCACUACAAAACGGGUGUGAGGUAGCUGCGUGUGCAAUCCUCACUACCAGUGAGGGCUGCCACUAGGCGGCGCCACAGGUCGUGCUCCUGUGUAGCGAUCUAUAGACGAUUUUCCACCCCCUCUGGGACAGCCACCAGGUGGUGCCACUGCAGCUGCAGCCAUGACAGCACUCAACAGUCUCUUCUCGUUCACAAGUCCAGCCGUGAAGAAGCUGCUAGGAUGGAAGCAGGGUGAUGAGGAGGAGAAGUGGGCGGAGAAGGCGAUUGAUUCUCUCGUUAAGAAGCUGAAGAAGAAGAAGGGGGCGCUGGAGGACCUGGAGAAGGCACUCAGCACACCUGGACAGCCGAGCAAGUGCGUGACGAUACCACGCUCGUUAGACGGCCGUCUGCAGGUUUCCCAUCGUAAAGGUCUGCCACACGUCAUCUACUGCCGCGUGUGGCGGUGGCCGGACCUGCAGUCCCACCAUGAGCUGAAGCCACUGGAGGUCUGUGAAUACCCAUUCAGUGCAAAGCAGAAAGAAGUCUGCAUUAACCCUUAUCACUACAAGCGUGUGGAGAGCCCAGUGCUGCCCCCUGUUCUAGUCCCACGGUAUAGUGAGUAUCCACCAGCCAUGGGAGCACCGAGCGCUGGACCACCUUCAUUUCAGGCUGUUCCAGAGCCACACAUGCCGCAGAACGUGAGCUAUUCGGCCCACGGCUUCACGACGACCCAACCUCACAGCCCUCACCCUGGGGGCAUGCCGAGUGUCACAAGUCCUAACCCAACCAGCUCCCCCGGCAGUCCCUUCUCAUUGCCUGCGGAUACUCCCCCUCCUGCUUAUGGACCACCAGAAGAGAACGACAAUCCAAUGGACACCACCCUUCCUGUGGCUGCGGAUCUGCAGCCGGUCACCUACCAGGAGCCGCAGUGCUGGUGUUCGAUCGCCUACUACGAGCUGAACAACCGCGUGGGCGAGGUGUUCCACGCAUCCAGUCACAGCAUCGUCGUCGACGGCUUCACCGACCCGUCCAACAACAACGACCGCUUCUGUCUCGGCCUGCUGUCCAACGUGAACCGCAACUCGACCAUCGAGAACACACGGCGCCACAUCGGGAAGGGUGUCCACCUAUACUACGUUGGUGGUGAGGUGUAUGCAGAGUGUCUCAGUGACAGCUCUAUCUUCGUGCAGAGCCGAAACUGCAACCACCACCAUGGAUUCCAUCCAACCACCGUCUGCAAGAUCCCGCCUGGAUGCAGUCUGAAGAUCUUCAACAACCAGGAGUUUGCGCAGUUGCUGAGUCAGUCUGUCAACCAUGGCUUCGAGGCCGUUUAUGAGCUGACGAAGAUGUGCACGAUCCGCAUGAGCUUCGUCAAGGGCUGGGGUGCCGAGUACCACCGCCAGGAUGUGACCAGCACUCCCUGCUGGAUCGAGAUCCAUCUACACGGACCACUGCAGUGGCUGGAUCGCGUGCUCACCCAGAUGGGCUCUCCCCACAACCCAAUCUCCUCCGUAUCGUGACACUGCACACCGGUGUCGUCUAUAAGCGCUCGAUAAUUUGUGGGUGUUUUCGGUGGAAGAGUGUUUGGGUGCGCACCUGCGGAGAUUGGGGAGAGUGCCAGACUGCGAACUUGCGUGACACGUGCACUUUCACAACCAGCAAACAUCCCGGAGUUUUUCGACUAGGUUUUUGUUUCGUCGCGUAUGCCCGAGUCGGGCAUGACCCACCCGGUGGUGUUACAGCUCGGUUUGACUGUCACACUGCUAAAGUAGCCGAUGCGAUUGUCUGAUAGAAGAGUGUUAUUAAAAUUUCGGCGAUACCAACCCUCUGUACAUAAUUAAUCGUCGCCUACUGUCUCGUACUUGUGUUUUUCGAAAUGCCUGCCCCUUGUCAGCGCGGGUGUCAUAUCGAUAGGUUUUUCGUAGCAUUGUGUUUGAGGUUCGUUUGUUGUGGGAACAUCCAUGAGAGCAUGGGAUGGGUGUGUGUGUGUGUGUGUGUGUGUAUUAGCUGAAGCUUUGCUUCGCUACAGAGUAGAGUCUAUGCAAGGAAUGCGAGAACUAGCCCAUCAGGCUUGCGGCAAACGUCUCGCUGUACGUCGAUAACAGCUGUUCUCUUCUUUCUCACGUGUUUAAUCACGAAAAUAAUGCCUCGUCUUGACGGUGUGAGUGUUUGUUCGCGAAUUGUAUUUAGUCACGAUGUGCUUGUAAGGGCACGUGUGUAUCUCAGUUGUGCUAUGAUGUGUGCGGUGCAGACCGGAGUGGGGCGGCGCGAAAUUAUCGGUUGCGAAAUCAUGGUAAAAUCAAAAUCAAAGGGUUAGUUCAUUGUAGUAGUUUGACUGCUCUGAAAACCGCUUGUGGAUUUUCUCACCAGAUGGCUCUUUCUCGAGCGAUAUUAUAUAUAUAUAUAUAUAUAUAU